AUGAAUUCUCCCAAAAUAAAUAAGAAUGUAUAAAUAACAUUGAAAACAAGAAAUAUUUUGAAUGGCUCUUUGAAAAUAAUAAAUCUUAACUUUUCCUUUCAGAGAAGAAAAAAAUAACUGAAACAACCGGUUAAUAUUAGUUUAAAUAUAAAAAGUAAAAUUUAGCAAUCAACUUUCAAUACAUGAUUAAGAAUCAUUGUUGGAUCAUGAUAAUUUUGAAAUUCCUCAUUAGAAUUGGAAGUUUUUGAGUGAAACAUCACUAUAAAGCGCAUAUUCAAUAAUUGAUGAAGGAAAUUAGAUAGAAGUUUACUGUAAUACAAAAGGGUGCUUUUAAUAUAUUACAUUAGAGACUAAGUAAUAUUUUUUGGAAGAUAUUAACAUUUAAAUAAAGAUGGCUUAUGGUAAACUUAAUAUUGUUUGAAAUAAUAACAAGAGUUUUUACCGAUGUAUAAGAUUUUCUACCUAAAAUAGAGGAGGUGGAUUAUAUAAAAAUAGUGUUAAAAUUGAUAAAUGGGUUGAACUACAUAAAAGUUUUGAAAGAGUAAUCCAAAUAGUUUUAAUUCGAUUAGGAUUAAUUUAUUAUAUUUUCAGGCUUUUAUGAAAAUGGUAUAAGGAUUGGUUUUUGGAAAAUUUUGGUUCUUGAAAAUCAAGUAUAGCAAAUGUAAGCAUUUAAUUUUUUAUCAAUUUAACAGCGGAGGAGGUUAUUUUGACCAUUAAAACGGGUUGAAAAAUGGAAUGUGGACUGAAUUGCAUGUCAAUUAUGAUAAGUAAAUUUUCAGAAGUAUAUAGGGAAUGUCAGGUUAUUACUACUGGAGAAUAUAAGGACGGUAUUAAGUAGGGAUAUUGGAAAAUUAAAUAAAAAACAAAAUUUUAUAAUAAAUUUUAUGUUAUGUAAAUGUAAAUAUUAAUUAAUUAGAGGAGGAGGAAAUUUUAAUAAUCAAGGUUAAAAAUAAGGGAAGUGGAUUGAUUUACAUUAGGAAUUCGAUAGGUUUUUUUUUUUUUAAUUUUAGUCUAUGUUAAGUAACGUAUUAAGGAGAUUAUGUUAAUGGUAUUAAAUUUGGUCUCUGGGAGGCUUAUAAUAAAAAUUAGAUAAUGUAUUUGAAACUAUUAUUUCAAAGAGCUUAAGGAGUUUAUGGAUAAGUUGGAGAGAAAAUUGGAAAGUGGACAGAAUUAAUUGAUAAUUAUUACGAGUAAAUUUAUUUUAAAUAAUUCAGACUAAAUUAAGUUUUUUAAAUAGGAAUUUAUGAAAAAGGAAAAAAAUCUAAACAAUGGAAAAUCGUAAUGUAGGAAAAUUAUAGCAAAAACAUCAUAAACAUGUAAUUCAAAUGUAUUUUAACAAAAAUAGUGGGGGAGGAACAUAUGAUAUAGAUGGUGAGAAAAUUGGAUUUUGGGUCGAGCCUCAUUUAAAUUUUUAUGAGUAAUCAUGAUGUUUAUAUCCACAGAGAUUGUUAAAUUAUAAUGACAGGUGAUUAUUAUCUUGGUCAAAGAAUAGGAAACUGGGAAAUUUAUUUGAGAAGAUACAAAUAAGAAUAAUAUAAAUCCAUGUAUCCCUAUAAUAAAACUAUGUUUUUAGAGGAGAAUAAAAUUACAAUUAGUCAGGUGUUAAAAUUGGAAGGUGGGAUGAAUUAGAAGGAUACUAUGACUUGUAUCAAUGCAAAAAUUAUUUUAGAAAUCACUAGCUAAUUAACUCUGGUAUUUAUGAAAAUGGGAAAAAACAUGGGAGAUGGGACAUAAAAUAUCGAAAGUGCCAAGAAGAAUUUGCAAUUAUGUAUUAGUUUUCAUUAAUUAGUGGGGGGGGUUGUUUUGAAUAUAAUGAAAAAAUUGGAAUGUGGUUGGAACCUAUAGAAUAUUUUAAUUAGUAAAUUUUAUUUAUUUAUUUAGAAAUAAAUUAAUAUUAUUUGAAGGAUGCUAUUAAAAAAAUAAAAUGUAUGGUUGGUGGAAUAUGUAUCGAAAAAAAAGUUAUGGAAAUGAAUUAAUGUAAAUAAUAUAACUGCUAUUUUAAUAAAAAUCAGAGGAGGAGGAUAUUAUGAAGAUUAGUACGGAACAAAAAAUGGGGUGUGGAAUGAAAUUGAAGAAAUUUCAGAAUUCCCAAAAGAACUUUCGGUUAUCUUCAGGUAAUAUUUAAAUGGCAUGAAAUUAUAUCCAAUUACAAAAUAGUUUAUAAUUUGA